CCAAGUUUGAGGUGGAAUAGUCCUUAGCCACGUGAUGUUGCACUUGUCUGACGCCUGCGCAGUGGUGUCGGCUUGGGUGGCCAUCUUCCCUGCUCCUGUGUGGUGUGCGUCCCUUGGUCAGAUCCAAGAGGCAGCUACAAGAUGUCACAUCGCAGAGACGCCGGUCCGAUCGACUGUAAGGUUUACGUGGGUGACCUGGGUCAGUCCGGUACCAAACACGAGCUAGAGCGGGCGUUCGGCGCCUUCGGACCCCUGAGGAACGUCUGGGUGGCCCGUAACCCAGCGGGAUUCGCUUUCGUAGAGUUUGAAGACCCACGGGAUGCCAAGGAUGCUGUGGAUGCACUAGACGGGCGGUAUAUCUGUGGCCGCCGCGUCCUGGUUGAGAUGUCGCACGGUAAGAAGCGCUCGUCACGGUACCGACCAGCGCCCCCGCCAUACCGCGGCUACGGAGGCGGCGGCGGCGGUUAUGACUACUACCCUCCGCGCCGGCGAUCACGGUCGUUCUCGCCGCAGCGCCGCCGGCCGUACAGCCGCAGCCGCAGCAGGUCUCCACGUGACAGGUCACCGAGGGACAGGUCACCCCGCGACAGGCGCAGGAGCCGCUCCCGCUCUCGUUCCCGCGACAGGAAGCACUCCAGGUCUCGUUCCCGGGAUCACAGUCGCUCAGUCUCACCGCUCAACAAGAGUCCACGAGGCAAGAGUCCAGGAGACGACUAGAUCCCCCGCGUGCAGGGUGACCUCUGACCCACCAGCCUUCCCACAAUCCUCUGAGGGCCCUGCACGGCACCAAGUACUCGUAAUGUUUAAGUCAGCAGUCGGUCCUUUUAUCUGUUCCUACCUAGCCGUGACAUAUAGGAAGUUUUUUUUGUUGUUUUACCUUUAUUUUAGCUGUGUAAGUGAAAACUGUGGGACCUGUCUGUUGUAGCUUGGAGGUAUUCAGCAUACUACAUGAAAAUAUUAGAGGAACCAUUUCUAUAUAUACCAACUACAUGUGAACAAGAUCUUUUUGUUCGUAGCUUACUGUUCACCUUGGAACUCACAGUUCAGUGGAAGAUAACCCAGUUUGUUUUUGUAUCACUAUUAAAGGAUCCUUUGAAGUUUGCAUAUUUUUUUAGUGGGUGAUGACAUCAUUAUUAGUAUUCGCGUAGUAUGACAUGAUACUAAUUGUAAUUACCCUGUAUGUACUUAGCACAGUUGUGUGACAAACGUCUGUGUUGCUCUUUUGAAUUUGUCUUCUAAAAUACACCGUUUAAUCAACAUACAACUAGAUGUGUUGUAAAAUCAUCCAACUGUCUUGCUACUCACCGAAUCGUUAUAAUUUCUGUAGCAAAGUGAUUUUGUAGCCCGGCUACCAAACAUAUUUUAGCUGCCAAGUCUUUCAUCCACUCCAAUAUUUGCAGAGUGAGGAAAGGUACUCCACAGCUAAAGUAUGUCUGGUAACCAGGCUUAGCCUAGUGAUUUUGUGCUUACGUUCCAACCAAGAACCUGCAUAUGAUUGUGCCAACAUGGGUGCCUCUGUAGUGGCUAUGUCAGGGAACCAUGCCUUUCACAAUGUCUGUAUACAUCAGGCUGACACAAGUGUGGUGUGCACUGGAAAAAUUCUUAUCAGUUGAGUCAAUACAACUGCCUAAUGUUUUGGAGUUGCACAGAUUACGUGUAAUGUCCUUGAACGAGUCAUUCCAUUGUUUCCUUCAACUUUGACAGCUGCCUAAAAUGCGUCACAAACAAAGGUUUCAUUGUCACAGCUGCAAAGUUUUGCCCUCACCCCGAGUGUAAGGCAGAAAGUUUUCGAAUGUAAAUCAUUGAAAUGGUAAGGUUUGUCACAUAAGAAAGUCAUAGUCCCUAACAUACACUCACAGAGGCAAGGACAGUCAGUGAAAAACAUGCUUGCUUGUGUACAUGUGCAUAUUGUGACACUAUUUUCAUAAUUGGUGGUGUGUCCAGGUCAGGGUUCAGGAACAGUAAUUUGGUUUAUGAUGUUUAAUAUGAUUGUGUAUUCCAUGAUUGUAUAAUGAUGAUUGAUUAGUAUCACCAAUAAUUGUAAUCAUAACCAUGGUGGGGCUUAAGAUUUAAAAAAUUAACCUUCUCCCUGUUCUAGUGUAGCUCACAUACUGAAUCUACUUGGUUUGGGGCUUGAGUCAGCAGGAAGAAGGUUAACGUUUGUUGUUACCAGUGUAAGUAGUAGUCCACCAAAGAAGAAACCUGCCAUUGCUUGUAUUGUCAAUGUAUCUUUGGAGAGAAUAAAAGUUAUUACAUUUCUACCACCGAAA